CCAGGAAGGAAGGGAAAAGCUAAACAUAGACAGUGGAGGAAUGGAAUGGAAUGGGGCGGCUGUACUAAGCUUUUUAUGUACAGCUCCAGCUCUUUAUAUAGAUACACAUAUAUACUGGGAUCAAGCCUGCUAGUGGGUGGGGAGGGCUAGUGUUGGGCUUCAGAACAGAGAACCCUGAAAAUAUAACAACAAUAUAACAACAACAACAAAAAAAAUCAACUACAAUAACAGCAAAAACAAAAGAAGGAAACCUGCAAAUAUAUAGGAGACUUGUUCACAGACAAUAAAGAUGACUGAUUCUUCUCCUGCCUCCAUGUUUAGCAUAGCCGAAUACAACCCUGAAGAACAGGGUGCCUCUCUUCCUAGCACAAGCCCACCUUCUUCAACAACCUGCAGUGUGGCUCAAAGCUCUCCAAAUCUGAGAAGAAACAGAGGAAAUGAGAACCGGGUUCGCACUGAAUCUGCUUCAGAAUACUCAGAGACAGAUCAUUUGGGUGAACUCAGUUAUCGGUCACGUUCUCGCUCUGCUCCCUCCUCACUUCUGGUUGCUGUGCGCUAUGGACGAGAACUUAGACGUAUGAGUGAUGAAUUUGACCAAUCCUUUACGGGCCUUCCUCGUCCUAAAAGUGCUGGAGAAGCUAAUCAGCUGACAAAGGAGAAGAGUAUAAAAGACAUGUUCAUGAAUUUUUGGGGACGGCGGAAAAAUAAAGGAAAGAUUGAAUCCUCAGAUGAAGAAUUGUAACAGGCACUACUGCACAAUGAUCUCCUAUUAAAAUGGUGAAAAUACUCAAAUGUGACAAGACUCUAAUGUUUGGACUUUCGCCCGCCAUUUUUUAUAUUUUAAACAGAAAAUGCAUCUAAAAGCAGAUAUACAGGGAAGUAUAGUUUGGUUUUUGCAUGAUGAAUUUUACAAGAAGAUACUAUUUGAAAGAAAAGACUUAACUUUUUUUUUCCUGUUCAAAAGUGAGCACAUCUGAAGUUAAUAAAUUACCAAGGACUGAAAGAAA